AUGGAUGUGCAAAAAGCAUUACCCAAGAGCCCUGUAGCUCUUCCUUUAGAAGAGGCGGGCGAGAAAAGGAGAAGGAUCCCUCUCCGAAACUUAGGGGUUGGGGCCUUGAUGAAUAUAUUUCAGGUUACCACCCUUGGUCAGCCGAUGGAGGUUUUAAAAACACAUCUCGCUGCCAACAGACAUGACACAUUAAGGGCUGCCGUACAGAAGACGUGGCUCCGCGGGGGACCGCUUGCCUUUUAUCAAGGCUUGAUACCUUGGGCUUGGCUGGAAGCCUCUACUAAAGGGGCGAUACUCAUUAUCACGUCGACUGAGAUUGAACACCAUGCUAAGAUGAAGCUUGGUGCUUCACCUGCUGUCUGUGGUGCCCUAGGAGGAAUCGGAGGUGGGGUUGCACAAGCCUACCUGACCAUGGGGAUGACCACCUGUAUGAAGACUGUAGAAAUGACACGGACGAAGAUGUCAGUAAACGGUGCUAAGGUGCCGGGGACGUUGGAGAUAUUCUUUAAGAUUAUCCGCGAACAGGGGAUACGAGGGGUGAACAAGGGAGUAAACGCCGUUGCAUUACGCCAGAUCACCGGUUGGUCAUCGAGGAUCGGGAUUGCUCGAUUUGCAGAGGAACAGAUUCGCUGGAUGAGCGGGAAAGGCAAAGAGGAAAAGCUUGGUUUUGGUGAAAAGAUCCUAGCCUCCACGAUUGGAGGUGCUCUAAGUUGCUGGAAUCAGCCCUUUGAGGUCCUUCGAGUGGAAAUGCAAUCAAUGAAAGAGGAACCUGGCCGAGCAGCUCGUCCAACAAUGAUGUCUACUCUAAAGAAGAUUGUCCACACUUCAGGAGUCCAGGGCCUCUUCCGAGGUGUUGUGCCACGAAUCGGCGUAGCUGGCUGGGCUACUAUCUGCAUGGUUGGGCUUGGAGAUAUGGUGAAAGAAUUUGUAAACCGAUACUAA